UUCUCCCUUUUCUCUUUUUUUAUUUCAUUUUCACAUCGAUGCGUAACGCAGUGAUGCUCGGACGAGCGCGCUCAUCAUAGCCGGGUGUGAAUCGAUAUCUCCUUUGCUGCCCCUUCUCUACCUAUCGCCGCGUUUUCGCGAUUAUUCGCGGUACCCGCGAUCGAUCGACACGUUUUCCGUGAUUUGACGGGACUAAUAGAUUCGACAGAUCCCAGAAUAGUUCAGCGAUUUGGAUCGGGAGGUCGGCGGAAGUCGCGCUUCCGAAACGCGGACGUUUUCCCGAAUGCCGGAGAUCAUCCGGAAUUCCGGUGCGCCGUGGAGCACGUCGGAGUGACAGCUAGAAACGCACCACCGCGUCAUUAAUUCAUGAUUGAUCGCAAUUGAAUAAUAAUGUGCAUACCGCGCGGGGUACCAGUGACAUUCCAGUAGUCGUCGAUGCGGACGAGCAGUAAUUGAACGAUCUGAUUGAGGAUGUUUGAAGAAGCGCGGUGAGGACUGAAUCGCUUUGAAGAUGGGGGCGAUGUUCAGGAGCGAGGAGAUGGCCCUUUGCCAGCUGUUCAUCCAACCAGAAGCGGCGUACCUGUCCGUCUCUGAACUUGGAGAAACCGGUACGGUGCAAUUUCGCGAUCUGAACGGCAACGUGAACUAUUUCCAACGGAAAUUCGUCAACGAGGUGCGACGAUGCGACGAACUGGAGCGCAAGCUCCGGUACAUCGAGACGGAAGUCAGGAAAGACGGUGUGCCGAUCCCGGAUAAUCUCACGGAAUUACCACGCGCGCCAAACCCGCGUGCGAUUAUAGAUCUCGAGGCACACCUCGAGAAAACAGAGAACGACAUACUAGAGCUGAGCCAGAACGCGGUGAACCUGAAGAGUAACUAUCUCGAGCUGACGGAGUUACAGCGCGUGCUCGAGAAGACAAAAGUGUUCUUCACGGAGGAGGAAGUCAAUGACUCGAUCACCAAGGCGCUCAUUAACGAGGAACCACAGAAUCCAGCCUUGACGGUUCGCGGACGUCUCGAAUUCGUCGGCGGGGUAAUAAAUCGCGAGCGAGUUCCAGCCUUCGAGAGAAUGCUCUGGCGCAUAUCCCGCGGAAAUGUGUUUCUCCGACAAAGCGAGCUCGAUAAACCCUUCGAAGAUCCAGCCACGGGUAACCAAAUCUAUAAAACGGUCUUUGUGGCGUUUUUCCAAGGAGAGCAACUGAAGGCUCGCAUCAAGAAGGUCUGCGCUGGUUUCCACGCCUCGCUGUAUCCGUGUCCGACCAGCCCGACCGAACGUCAGGACAUGCUGAAAGGUGUGCAAACGCGACUCCAGGACCUGAACUUGGUAUUAAAUCAAACGCAAGAUCAUCGUCAGCGUGUCUUGCACAACGUAGCUAGGGAAUUGCCAAAUUGGAGCAUCAUGGUGCGAAAGAUGAAAGCCAUUUAUCACACGAUGAACCUGUUCAACAUGGACGUGUCAAAGAAGUGCCUCAUUGGGGAGUGCUGGGUGCCCAUCGCCGAUUUGGGGACCGUGCAAAAUUGCCUCACCGAAGGAUCGCGGCUCUGCGGUAGUUCCAUACCAUCCUUCCUCAACGUGAUCCACACGGACGAGAAUCCGCCGACAUUCAAUAGGACCAACAGGUUCACGAAGGGCUUCCAGAAUCUGAUUGACGCGUACGGUGUGGCGUCGUAUCGCGAGGCCAAUCCGGCCCUUUAUACCAUUAUUACCUUUCCCUUCUUGUUUGGCGUUAUGUUUGGCGACGCCGGCCAUGGACUGAUAAUGCUGCUGUUUGCCCUAAUAAUGGUGCUGCGGGAGAAGAAGUUCCUGGCGGAGAAGUCCGACGACGAGAUCUGGAAUUUGUUCUUCGGCGGCCGCUACAUCAUCCUCCUCAUGGGUUUGUUUUCCAUCUACAGUGGUUUCAUCUACAACGACGCAUUCGCAAAGUCACUUAACAUAUUCGGAUCUAGCUGGCGGGCCAAGUUUACGUACAAUGAUACCUUGUAUAACAAGACACUGGAAUUGUAUUGCCAUGCGGAUGCGGGUCAUUAUUUGCAGACGCCCUAUCCACUUGGUAUGGAUCCAGUCUGGUCGCUCGCUCUCAAUAAAAUUGUAUUCCAGAACUCGUUCAAGAUGAAGCUGUCGAUCAUAUUCGGCGUCGCGCACAUGAUCUUCGGUGUGUGCAUGAAUAUCAUCAAUAUCGUGAAUUUCAAGAGGUACUCCGUCUUGUUCCUCGAAUUCUUCCCGCAAUUGCUCUUCCUUAUGUUGCUGUUUCUGUACCUGGCUGCGCUGAUGUUCAUCAAGUGGGUUUUGUACGACGCUUCGACCAGCGAUGAAGCAUACCAGCCACGUUGCGCACCAUCAGUCUUGAUCACGUUCAUCAAUAUGAUGAUGUUCAAUAAGGAACAAGCCAAUAUACCCACCAACUGUUCUGAGUACAUGUUCGAGGGACAGGGUAUCCUGCAAACGGUUUUCCUCUACCUCGCCCUCGCGUGCAUCCCGGUGAUGCUCUUCGGGAAACCGUUGUACAUCACGUACAAAGGGAAAAAUAAAUCUCCAGGGAAAUCUUACAGCAACGGAAGCGCGUCCCAGGACAUCGAGCUGCAGACGCAGGAGACACAGAUGCAAACGCAGACUGCGAGUACCAGCAACGACGCGAUGGCUAAUCAGCACUCUCACGAAGGUGAUGGCUUUGGUGAGCUGAUGAUCAACCAGACCAUCCACACCAUCGAAUACGUGCUCUCCACCGUGUCGCACACAGCAUCGUAUUUGCGAUUGUGGGCGCUUUCGCUAGCGCAUUCCCAGCUUUCAGAAGUAUUGUGGAACAGGCUCCUGCGGAUGGGCUUAGGUGCCGACCACGAGGAAUAUUACAAGAGCGCUCUGUUGUUCAUCUUCUUUGCUGCCUGGGCAUUCUUCACCAUCGUCAUCCUCGUCCUGAUGGAGGGCCUCUCGGCGUUCCUGCACACGCUUCGACUUCACUGGGUCGAGUUUAUGACCAAGUUUUACGAGGGUGUGGGAUAUCCCUUCCAGCCGUUCUACUUCAAGAGUAUUCUGGAUGCCGAGGAUGCCGAGGAGUAAACUGUCGCUAGUCCACAGCAAUAAUUGUUAGAUGUAUACCGCCGCGCGCGAAGACCUUUUUACAUUAGAUAUUCUCGUGUACGCGAGAGGCCUUGUUUUGCUGCCUGAGGAAGUACAGGAGGACCAAUCGAAACGCCGUGAUCGAUCUCAAGCGAGUCUGAUAAUGUGCCUUCUUCAGUAGUUUUAGUCAUUACUAUACAGUGCUGACAAAAAGUUCCGGAACGGUUAAAAAUCUUGGAAAAUAAUGAUUUAGUGGAAAAAUGUUUCAAACAAAAAGUAU